GUCGCAGGAGAAUCCACACCAGUUGCCAGCGCAACUGCCGUGGGAAAAGUUAUACGAAAAUAGUCCUGAAAACGAUCUGCGAAUUUUACGAAAAAUUGUGUUUUAGUGUGGAUUCAAAACGACUUUUUUUUAGUGACGAACCGUAUUUUUCUGUUAUUGUGCUUCUAAUUCAUCCUGUGGAUUAUUGAGUGAAAUAAUUGAUGACCUUUUCUCUAAAAUUUUCGCUGUGAUGAUUGGGCCUAUGAGAUGACAAGACUGACAACCAACAUGACCUUUUGCAUAGUGAACCGAUGAGUGUGAGAAAAUAGACAUUGAAAAUGUUCAAAUACAACCCAAAUUUGAUUUCACUGAAAUGUGUUAUCUUUCUCUUUUUUGGAGCCCUCGGGAGCUUCUUUCCCUUCCUACCCCUCCAUAUGAACGAUUUAGGGUUAUCAAAAGAUGAGGCGGUUACCAUCACAGCAGUAGCAGCACUGGUAGCAACUAUAGGCCCCCUUAUAGUAGCCCCCUUGGCCGACAGAUUGGCUGGAACAUCAUCAGGGGGAACCAGGAGCAAAUCAGGAAAAUAUCUCAAGUUGAUGAUUGCAGUCUGUCUCAUUCUUUCGGUGAUAUUUUAUUGGCUGUUGGCUACAAUACCGAGAGUUCCCAAGAUACCUUCAAAUAAAAGAGGCCCUUUGAAAGUGAGUUUUAUGUGUAAUGAACAUGGUGGAUAUGUACUGCAAGAUCGCUGUGAUAAUGAGGAAACUUGCUAUAAUUGGAAUAGUGAGAUCGUGGGCACUGUAUUGGUGAAAAAUUGUGACUUCACAUGUGAGGUGACCCCGUCGUGGACAAAUGAGGUGAUGACCGAACCACCAAAUGGUGAGAACACCAGCAGCGGCCAAGAGGUAUACAGUGAAGCUAUCUACGAGGAAAACUCCGACUGGACGCCUCCCAUCGAAGCAGAAAUCCCUUCAGAAACGGUAACGACGCCCAGAGUGAUCUACUUAGGGUUGGAGCCAAUCCCUCACAUGUGUCACGCGACAGGUCCUUCGAACAACAAGACGCAGAUCUGUGACGUUUACACCCCGUACUCUGAUCCCAUACCUUUCGAGAUCAGUCUGAAGCCUAACGAGAAUGUCACUGGUUCUAACGACACAGAGAGUUUCUGCAGAUACCCUAUAGCCACCGAGCUAAACUGCAGGAUGCCCGCUGAAGUCAUCCAGAAAUUGAAGUCCGAAAACGAGUACUGCGAGCCCGUGAUAGGUUGCGAGAUCCACUGGCCGUACAACAACACGGACAGUUUACUGAGAAAAUCCCAGUGCGGAUAUGGCAACAUCAGCUUUUACCUCUACAUCCUCGUCCGAUCUCUUGGUGAUAUCUUCCCAGCGGCUGCUUUGGUGCUGAUCGACACCGCUAUCGUCAUAGCUACAAGAGAAACGUCAACUGGUAGAGGAGAUGUAGGCAAACAAUUCGCUUUAGGUGCCCUUGGUCUGGCUGUUUUUCCACCCUUGGUUGGUUGGUUGGGCCAUGGAAGCUUCUUGGUGGCUAUCAUCACCUUCACGAUCUUAAUGCUGGUAGCUGCCCUGAUACUCAUCUUGGAUUCAAAUAUGCCUUUGAGUCCUCCCGAAUGGUGGUGGCAUACAAGAUGCGGAAUGCUAGCUCUACCCAUGUCAUCGGUCAGAAAAUACGGGUUUGAAGUUAUAGCUUUGGGAAUUGUGUUUUUCUGUUUGGGGAUAUUCUGGAACGCAAUCGAUGCUUUCUUACCAUGGCACAUUGUAAAAUUGAAUAACCCAUCAGCAGCAAUCAUCGGACUGACGUAUGCCAUCGGUGCCAUACCGGCAGUGGCGUACCUAACAUUUGCUGAGAAAAUUGUCGACUAUUGUGGACACUCGAAUAUUUUGAUACUGUGCUUCGUCAACUACAUUGUUCAUCACUUAGCUUUAGUUUUUAUUCAAGAAGCAUCCAUCAUCCUGAUUUGUGAAAUUCUCGAAAUAGUUACCCUACAUUUUAUGUGGGUGACAGCCGUACUUUAUCUCAGACAUCUAGUCCCAAGGAAAUAUACCACUUGUGGUCAGGCACUGCCUGUUAUAACCCAUUUUUGCCUAGGGAGAUUCGUAGGUGCCCUUUUAGGAGGACUAGCUUACUCGGAAUAUCCAGAUAAUUUCAAGAGGGUUCAUAAAUGGUUUUCAAUCUCUGCAGCAGUAAUUGCAACUAUUUAUUCCAUUUCUUACCAUUUCUAUCUGAAAUUCUACUGUAUACCACCCACGCAACUACCGCCUGAUCCAGCGCCAUCUACUGUGCAACAUAUGAAUGGCAACGGAAAUUACACGCCUCUCAGAGUUUAUCACAACAGCAGCUCCAAGAAAGGGCACUUCCGCUAUUGAGGACGAUCGCCCUCAUCGAACCUACCUGUGUUCUUCACUCUGUAUAUACAGAACUGAUACAUUUUUAUACCUUCAUCCACUGUAUAUAGAAUGUAAUAUUUCAUCGGAAUUAAGCAUUAAGUCCAAUCAAAUUUUAUUGCUUCUCGCAAAACCAAAUUUGUAGAUAUAUCUCUAACGUUUUGUUGUGUUUAGCUUCGACGUCUUUUUUGAGAAUCCUCUAAACAUUUUAUAUUUUAUAUAUUUGAUGUAUUUAUAUUGCAAUAAAAAUGCUGAAUUAAAUUAUU